AUGGUAGAAAUAGCAGGUAGAGAAAUCAACGGGAUCUCCUCCUUCGUGCUCACUGUGUUCUUCGCAAGGACAGGGGGUGCAGGGCUGGUGAUGAGGUGUCCACAGAGCACCCCCAAAUCUCUCCCCAGCUCAGCCUGUGGGGUCACCACUGUGACCUUUGAACUGCCAGAGGGACCCCUAGGGGAGGUCACAAUCACAGACCGGUCUGGUUUGGAGAUGCUGAUCAAAGACGCCCCAGAUGAAUGUGCUUUCUACCUGAUGAAGGGAGACGGGAUGAAUGUGCUCACAAUCUCUUACUAUGCCAAGGAUGAAGGCUGUCCUCUUCAAACACAGAACAAUACCCUGGUCUUCCAUGUGACGUACAAGGACGCGGAGGGACGGCCAGGCUCCAUAGAGCAGGGGUGUCUCCCAUUCGAACCCCCUGCUGUCUGUGGCCCCACCAGCAUGAGUACAGAUCUUCCAGAGGGGCCACUAGACCAGGUCUUCAUCCUGGAUGGGAAGAACAGCCUGGUUGCUGUGAAGGUCAAUGGCAGCUGUGGCUAUGGGCUGGUCCAGGGGAUUGGGAAGAACUACUUUAUGGCUCCUUACGAUGCUUGUGAUGUGCUGAAACAGAACAUUGACGGCCAUGUCCAUUACUCGCUGUCCGUUUCGUUCUCUGAUGUAAACGAGGUGACUCGCUUGAGGCAUAUGAAGUGCCGUGUCUUGGCUAAGCGUGAGAUCCUCCCUCCUCCCUCUCUCCCUCCCCACCCUGCUGGUGUCUCGGUCUCCUGCAGUGAGGGGUGCAUGACGGUGCUGCUGCCUGCCGGUCCCCUCGAUCUGGUCAAAGUCAAGGAUGACUCCAAUAAUCUGGUUGGGGUGCAGUCUGCACCAAGUGCUUGUGGCUACACUCUAGAGGAGAAGGAUGGAAAGACCGUCUUCACAGUGUCUUACACGGCCCGCCCUGCCCCUCACCUGGGGGUGUUUCAGGUGCAGUUACAGAUUGCUAAAGAUGGGACCUUCUCCCAGUUCUACCCCUCCUCCAGCCUGCCCGUGAGUCUCCUCCUGGGAAGCAGAGUUUACCUUGAGCUGCGUCUGAUCAACCCCACUGACCCCAGCCUGGUUCUGCUGGUGCACUACUGCAUUGCUUACCCACGCUCCUCCAGUGCUGUGUGGGUGCUGCUGUACCAGGGUUGUCCAAAUGUCCUGGAUUACGGCAGCUCUGCGUCUCUGCACGUGGACGGCCAGCCCCCCCCACUCCAAAUUCAGACGACGCUUCAGUCUCCGAACAUUCCAGUUCCUGAGCAGUGGGCUAGCCCUGGACGAGGAGAUCUCCUUCAUGUGCUCCACUGAAGUCUGUUCUCCAGACCAGCGCCGCUGCAAUGAGGGUUGCUUUGAUGGGAGAGACACUCCCAUCUCAGUCGACCCCAAUAUGAGACUGCGCUGUGCUGGUAAUCCCUGCCCAGGGAGGGUGAUGCUGGAGGGAGCCUAGUGAAGGAGCUCAGAGCCCAGGCAGGUAACUCAGCCCUAAGACUACAGUAACCAUUUCAAAUAAAAAGAACCAUCCCA